AUGGACAACCAUGCCAAUAGUAAACGGCCUUUGAGCAGUGACAAAACUCCUGAGGGCGAAUAUGUCGUUGUUGACCUCGAGGCGCCUGCCAAGAAGACUUGCUUCGCCAAGGACGAACCUUUUGACGAUGCUUCAACAACGCACGAAGACGUCACAACUUCACGUGCUGUUCAGUCAAACCUAAUUUCGCCCUCUACGGCCUCUGCUCUCGAGUACAAGAUACACCGGCUCAUCACUGCUCGCCUUGAAGGAUACACACAACCAGUCUACAUCCCGCCGCAGGCCAAGCGCAACCUCAAAGACAUAGACAAAAACGCAUUCCCCCUAAUGCAAAAUGUCAAGGAGUUCCUGGAGAGCAAACAGCAAGUGUUCUUAGUCAUGGGUGAUUCCGGAUCUGGGAAAUCGACUUUCAACAGGCACUUGGAGCAGGACCUUCUGAAGUCGUACAAGCAAGGCGACCCCAUUCCCCUUUUUAUCAACCUCCCCGACAUCGAGAAGCCACAGAAGGAACUCAUAUCGGAAUACCUCAGGACCAAGAACUUUUCCGAGGAUGACAUUCAGUACCUGAAAGAGAACCGAAAGUUCAUCGUCAUCUGUGAUAGCUACGAUGAGAGCCAACUCACCAUAAACCUCCACUCGACAAACUCUUUCAACCUUCCAGGACAGUGGGAUACAAAGAUGGUCAUCGGCUGCAGGAGCACAUACCUCGGUCAGGAUUACCGAGAGCGAUUUCGACCGCAGUCACGCGACCGAUACCAGCCUGCUACACCGCACCUCUUUCAGGAAGCAGCAAUUAUCUCCUUCUCGCAUACCCAAAUUGAAGCCUACGUCGAGCAGUUUGUGCAAGAAACAAAGGUACAUGAACUGUUCGAUGGUCAGGCGACCUGGGACGCGAAGAAGUAUAUGGAGAAGCUGAGGGCGAUCAAGGACUUGGUGGAGUUGGUGAAGAACCCAUUCAUGCUAUCUGUCGCACUCCGGGCCCUACCAGCUGUCGUCAAAGGCAUCACUGAUAUCUCCAAGAUCAAGAUGACUCGACUUUCCCUAUACCAGACUUUUGUUGGACACUGGAUUCAUCUCGGCAAACUCCGGCUCCUGUCAAUGAAGAUGGAUGCUGGAGCCAAGGACGUGUUGGAGGAGCUUCUCGACGAUGGAUUCUCGAACGCUGUCAUUGACUUCCUGAAGGAUGUAGCGGUCGCGAUAUUUCACGAACAGGACGGCAACCCUAUUGUCCGGUUCACCCAGAGGAAGGACGGCGCGACAUGGAAGGCCAAGUUUUUCGGCCCUCAGUCAGAAUUCACCUUGUUGCGCGAGUCUAGUCCUCUGACACGCGCUGGAGUUCAGUACCAGUUCAUUCAUGCAUCCUUGCUCGAGUACUUCUUCUCUUGCCACAUCUUCGACACCGCAGCCAACUUGGACUUUGGCGACCAUCCUUUGACUCAGAUGAACCUUGUCAGAAUGCCUGCCGUCGUGCUGUUCCUGGCUGAGUUCGCGCAGGCGAACCUUGAUUUCAAGCAACGCCUCUUCCAGUUUAUCGAGCAAUCAAAAGUGGACGAAAAAGCCAGCCAGGCCGCCUCCAAUGCGAUCACCAUACUCGUCAAGGCUGGCGUUAGCUUCUACUGGAAGGAUCUUCGCGGUAUCCGUAUUCCUGGAGCAGAUUUGUCCAGGGGGGAAUUUGACUCGGCGCAAUUGCAGGGAGCAGACCUCACUGGCUGA